AUGGGACGCAUAAAUGUUCGUGGGACGCAUCAUUUUUCAAUUGGCUGUCCUUUUGGCAUUGAUUGUACUCUUGUGGAUGAUGCACAAACAUGCGCAUCAUUGCUUUAUUUGGCCGAUAAAUACCUUUGCACUCGCCUUUUAAAUUUUUUGCUGGAAAGGGGCUUGGCAGCUCGUCUUAUUACUGGACAAACGCUUCCCAUCUUUCUUCCGUUGGUACUUGCAAUUCCAACGUUAGCUUAUGGAGGUGGUCUAAAGGAUAUUUGUAUGUUAGCCCUCCUGCAAUAUUCAAAUAAUUCCGAACUUCUCUACACUCUCAGGCAUAUUUCAAAAUGUGAUUCGGGUAAAUCAAAAACAAAAGCGAUCGAUUCUUUAUUAGAAAUGUUACAUUCUUUUAUAAUUUGCCUUGGUCAGGGAUCGGAUAUUGCUUAA